AUGGGUAAUUGUGUAAGUCAAACAGGUCAGGGCGAAUUUUUAAAAGGCUUACAAAGUGCUUCAAAUGGCAAUGAUUCGAGAAUAGCUGGAGGAAUAUUUGUAACUGAUGAUCUUGAAACUUUUCAAGUAUUUGUUAAAAAACGCAGCAAAUUCAUCCCUGGUAUAUUGAAAGUGACCGAGAAUGAGAUUGUUUUUCUUCGUUCACGUUGUGAAACGCUAAAUUGGCCAUUACAAUUUUUACGUCGUUAUGGUUUUACGUCAGCUGGUAUUUUCUUCUUUGAAAGUGGACGACGAUGUAGUAGUGGUGAAGGCCUUCAUACAUUUCAGUCCCAUCAAGCUGAAGCCAUAUUUCAGCUUGUACAAUCUCGCAUUCAAGAUAAUGCAAAUAUGGGAAUCGCAAUACGUGAGACACACGAGCAAUCGGUCACGGAAAGUUAUCAUAGCAUUCAUAACAUUCCUUCAGGGUACACUGGAACACGCAUUCAACCAAUUCAACGCUAUUCCAGCGAGGGUACAGCAAAUGUUAGGGACUGCUCUUCCUCAUCAUGUACAGGAGCUAUCAGCUAUCAUCGACCCUUGAAUCGAUUCAGCUACCAUCGGCAGCUCAUUUCUCAAACACCAAAACGACCUCGAAGUAUUGCGGGACCAGCGCAGACAGUUGUUUGGCCUCAACCACCACCAAGCUAUCACUCAGCUCAUUUUUGUCUAAAUCAGUCAGCUUUCGUGGGAAACGUCAUUAAUGAGCAUAUAAUUCAACAACUGCCAUCUGAAUCAAAUCCUUCUUACAAUCAUCCUUAUGUCAAUGUGUUACCGCAUCAUCGUUCUGCCACUUCAUCACCUCACUGUUUAUCACCUGUUCUAAGAGAAUAUGGAUCAGCUAGUCAUUUUACUUUUGGUUCAGCGGAACAGAAUCUUAAUCUUGGUGUAGCUGCUUUAAGAUCACAUCAAAGAUUUAGCAUUCCUGCUGCUGGAAUAUCAAAUUGUUCCCCAGUUUAUGGAUUUUUCUGCUCUAACAGCAAUCCAUUUAUGAAUUCUUACGAUUCAAAUGCUAGUGAUCGUGAAGCAACACCACCACAACUUGAUUAUGCAUCAGUAGCAAUAAGUGGUAAUGCUGAAGAAGAUUCAUCAGUCAGUGUAAAAGUUACUGCAUGUAUUGCACGAAGUAAUGAUUCUAACUUUCCUCCAAGAUUACCAUCAAUUGUCAAUUAUGCCAAAAUUGAUCUUGAUAAAACACGUGCUGUAGAAGUAGCAGCAAGUACGGUGGAGAAAGAAAAUCCACGUCGGCGACACUUCACGACUGCAGCACAGAUGGAUAAAUGA